GUGAUAAACAAGUAAAAACUGUACAAGGAGUAGUGACCAGAUUUUGCCAUGAUUAUGGGAUGAUAGAUGAUAUGAUAGUCUUCACGAAGGAUGCUGUUACAAAAAACAUGCUGCUGGCUGUUGGACAGGAAGUUACUGCCACUGUUGAAGAGGAUAAAACGUCGGGUGGCUUGAAGGCCAUUAGGGUAGAUGCCAUCCAGAAUACCUGGGGAGACUCCAGUCCUACUUGUGAUGCUUCUGAACUAAAUAUGAAGAUAUUAAUUGGCAAUAUUACCUCUCUCUGUAAGGGUGGUGGCUAUAUUAAUCAGAAUACUUUUUUUUCAAUGGAAGAUGUCUGUGAAGAUUUCAGCCCUUGGGAAGGUGACUGGGUGCAAGCAAAGUAUUUUAUUCACCCAACAACGUGUAACAGUGAAGCAGUUGCUGUAAAGCCUUUGAGAUAUAAGCGAGUAGACAAGGUUCGCGUUUCCAGCAUCUGUGGAAGAAGUGGUACAGUAGAUGAGAGUAUAUUUUUCACUUUGGAUUCACUGAGACUUCCGGAUGGUUAUUCACCUAGUACACAUGACCUGGUGAACACAGUUGUGGUGGAGAGCAAUCAGUCGUGUUAUAUUUGGAGAGCUCUCUGCUUGGUGCCAGUCAGCCAGGAUGGACAAUCUCACUCUAAUGGUGUCAGUCUGGAUGAGCCUUAUGAAAUCUUAAUGAGAGACAAAGAAGGUUUGGAAGUAUCGAGAAUGACUAAUUUUGGAACUCUGAAGCAAGGAGAAUCUGAAAGAAUGAUCAUUUGGAUAGAGAAUAAAGGGAGUGUACCACAGUCCUUAAUCAGCUGCAGAUUAGCUGGAUGGGUGAAAGACAAGCAAUUCAGCUUUCAGAUUCCUCAAAAAUGUGAGAACAGUCCAGAACCACAUCUGUCAUCUUUUCCAAUAAAUCAAGAAAACCUCUCAAAAGCUGCAAUUAAUUCAUAUAAUGACAGUGGAGGAACAAUAUAUGAGUCAUUGAAUAACACUUUCGUUAUAAAGAAUGGAGUCAUUCCAGAAGGAAUUAAUUCUCGGGAUACAAAUUCAUCAAGGACAAAAGAAAACUUUUCCUUGCUGGAAAGUGGAAAUCUACAUAAUGGAGAAAAUGAGCAAAGAGAAGAUGUGGAACAACCAGUAAAGCACACCAAUAUUACUGGAGAGAUUGUCAUACCACCAGGUGGAAGAACAUUCAUAGUGAUCAUAUGCACAGCUGUAAUUCCUGGGUACAGUAAAGAACUCCUGUUGCUUGGUUUUUCUGAUUUUACUGUUGGACGCUAUAUUGAAGCCACUGUAACAAAUGAAGAAGAAUUACUAAUAGCACCUGUGAAAACAUUUUCUCCAAAAAAGCCUAAAAUUAUUCCAGAAUCUCAGCCAAUGAAGACUACAGUGGUUGCUCCUAAAUACAGAAGAAAUAAAAGAAAGCAGUUGCCAAGCUUUCUCCCGCAUUAUACCGUACCAGUUGAGUUAAGGAAGUGUGUGGAGCAGAAGUUAGACAUACUGACCUUUCAACCUCUCCUAGCAGAGCGUCUUAAUCUAGAUAAUUACAAAGCGAACUUUUCUACUCUCUUGUGGCUUGAAGAGAUCUGUGCAGAAACAGAGAUAAAGGACUUCAGCAUGAGUGGUGUCACUUUGAAAAGGCAAGGGAACUUGUUAGUGUUGGAAGUGCCAGGAGUGGAAGAGGGCAGACCUCGUCUGUUUACAGGUGAUAAGGUGAUACUGAAAAGUCAGGUCUACUCUGAGCAUGUAAUAGAGUACGUCGCCUAUAUUACUGAGAUAUGUAAUGAAGAUGUUACUCUUAAAUUUAAUGCAGACUUUGAACAAGCUUACAACUUGGAACCCAUGGAUGUGGAAUUUGUUCAUUGCAGGGUUACAAGCAGGCGAUGCCAUUUGGCAGUUGAGCAAGCCAUCUACCUGGGUGAAAAAGUGUUAUUCCCGGAAAGGCUUGUCUUACAAUCACCACAAGUAAUCAAGAACCAGAAUACUACUGAGUAUUGUGUUGUUGAUGAUGGCCUUGAACAAUGUUCCCAGCAGGAAAGUAAGGUCAAAAAAAUGCAGAACAAACAGGCAAAAUCUGGUGAAACUGUGACAUUUAAGCAGAGAGCUGGUGAAUUUUUCAAUCCCAUGCUGAAUGAGCAACAGAAACUGGCAGUGACAAGGAUACUGAGUGGUGAAUGUCGUCCAACACCUUAUGUUCUCUUUGGACCACCAGGAACGGGAAAAACAUUAACAGUAGUUGAAGCUAUUUUACAGAUUCAUUAUACUCUACCAGACAGUCGUAUUUUGGUUUGUGCACCAUCGAAUGCUGCGACAGAUCUGAUUUGCUUGCGCCUGCAUCAAAGCAGCCUGUUAAAACCAGGAGCUAUGGUCCGAGUUAAUGCUAGCAUCAGGUCAAUAGAGCAUGUUGAUGAGAUGGUGAAACCUUACUGCCAAGAUGGUGAUGAUGUUCGGAAAGCAUCAUGGUUCAGGAUAAUAAUCACCACAUGCAGCAGUGCAGGGCUGUUUUAUCAAACAGCAAUACGGCUUGGACACUUCACUCAUGUGAUUCUGGAUGAGGCAGGACAAGCAAGUGAACCAGAGAGCCUGAUUCCUCUUGGGUUGAUUUCAGAAGCUAAAGGACAGAUAGUUCUUGUUGGAGAUCCAAAGCAGUUAGGGCCAGUAAUAAAAUCUAAAAUUGCACUGAAUUUUGGAUUGAAUGUAUCCCUGCUGGAAAGACUGACAUCAAGAGAGAUAUAUCUGAGGGAUGAGGAUGCUUUUAGUGCCUGUGGAGCAUAUAAUCCUUUGUUGAUCACAAAACUCGUGAAGAACUACAGGUCACACUCUGCGUUGCUUGCCUUGCCAUCGAAAUUGUUUUAUCAUAAGGAGCUAGAAUGUUGCGCAGACACUUCAGUUGUAACUUCUUUGUUGCAUUGGAGAAAAUUGCCCAGGAAGGGAUUUCCCUUAAUUUUUCAUGGAAUAAGGGGCAGUGAAACACGUGAAGGCCACAGUCCUUCGUGGUUCAAUCCAACUGAAGCAGUUCAAGUAAUGCAGUACUGUUCCCACCUCGCUAAAAAUGAGAACACGGCAGUGUCAGUGACUGAUAUCGGAGUGAUUACACCGUACCGUAAGCAG